GACCUUAACACAAAAGGACGAAAGCAAGGAAAGAAAAAACUCCCUCUCCCUCUCCCUCUCGCUCUCUCUAUCUCUCUCUCUCUCUCUCUCUCUCUCUCUCUCGUUUGAAGUCUCUGCCCGGUCUUCUGAAUUAAAGAGGGGUCUGUUCUUUUGCGAAGCAGUUCGAGUUCUGUUUGGACUCUGGAGAAACAACUCUGGAUUUUCCUCUCUGAUAGAAUCAAAAUCAAGAAAGACAUCAUUCCAUGCUUAUUGAUUCCAAGUGGGAACCUUGUCCACCUGGUGUAAUCAUGAAGGAUUGUGAAUCCAAACCAAAAGAGGGAGAUUUGGGGAGUUUUCCGUAUCCGCUCGAGCUAUCUGCCUCCGAUGACCUGGUCGGUUUCAAAAUCGCGACGGAAGAAGAGGGUCUUGAUAUCGAACAGUCGAGCUGCUGGUAUGGUAGAAGAAUUGGCUCAAACAAGAUGGGGUUUGAAGAGAGGACACCCCUCAUGAUUGCAGCCAUGUUUGGCAGCAAGAAAAUCUUGAGUUACGUACUUGAAACCGGACGAGCUGAUGUUAACAAGGCUAGUGGUUCCGAUGGAGCCACUGCCCUCCACUGUGCUGUAGCCGGUGGUUCUGCUUCUUCGCCUGACGUAGUCAAGCUCUUGCUCCAUGCUUCCGCCGACCCCAUUUCCCUUGAUUCUAAUGGGAACCGACCCUGUGACCUAAUUGUUCAAUCUGUGAGUUCUUCCUUCAAUUCGAGGAAGAAGAUGCUGGAGUCCCUGCUAAAGGGCUGUAGCGGUAAUAUUGGGGAUGAAUGUCUCUUGGCUGAUCAACAGAUACUCCCACAGGCAGCUUCCAAAGACGGUAGUGAGAAGAAAGAGUACCCUAUCGAUCUCUCUCUCCCUGACAUAAACAAUGGGAUAUAUGGGACCGAUGAGUUUAGAAUGUAUACGUUCAAGGUGAAGCCUUGCUCGAGGGCUUACUCCCACGACUGGACAGAGUGCCCGUUUGUCCAUCCAGGGGAAAACGCUAGGCGUCGUGAUCCCCGGAAAUAUCAUUACAGUUGCGUGCCCUGUCCAGAGUUUCGAAAGGGAACAUGUAGGCAAGGUGACCUUUGUGAGUAUGCGCAUGGAAUUUUCGAGUGCUGGCUCCACCCUGCUCAGUAUCGAACGCGUCUCUGCAAAGACGAGACAGGGUGCAGUAGAAGGGUGUGCUUCUUUGCUCACAAGCCCGAAGAACUCCGACCAUUGUAUGCAUCAACGGGUUCAGGAAUGCCUUCUCCUAGAUCAUUUUCAAACGAUGCUUCUUCGUUGGAUAUGACAUUGAUGAGUCCAUUUUCUCUUGGUUCUCCGUCUGUUUUGAUGCCGUCCAACUCAACGCCUCCCAUGAGUCCUUCGGGAGGUUCCUCUCCAAUGGGUGGGUCGAUGUGGCAAAACCAGCCUCCGACCCUGCAGCUUCCUGGAAGUAGGUUGAAAACAACGUUGAGGGCUAGAGACAUGGGUUUAGAUGGUGAGUUCCUUGGUGGGCUUGAAAGUCAUCGCCGUAGGCAACAACAGCUGAUGGAUGAGAUAUCAAGUCUCUCCUCCCCAACCAGUUGGAACAAUAAUUUGGCCACUGCUGCAGCUUUUGCAGCCGCCUCUGGUGGAGAUUUGAAUAGAAUCAGAGGCGUGAAACCGAGUAAUCUUGACGAUAUUUUUGGAUCUAUAGAUCCUGCAGUUUUUUCUCAGUUACAGGGACUUUCUAUGGAUAACUCUGCAUCCCAAGUGCAGUCUCCUACUGGAAUGCAGAUUCGCCAGAACAUGAACCAGCAGCUCCGCUCGAGCUACCCCACAAGCCUUUCAUCUUCACCAGUGAGGGCACCACCGUCGUUUGGGAUGGACAUGUCGGGGGCUGCCACAGCAGCAGUUUUGAACUCAAGGGCAGCUGCCUUUGCGAAACGGAGCCACAGCUUCAUCGACAGAAGCACUGUGAACAACCGUCUCUCUGGGCUUUCUUCACCGUCUUCUGCUGCAAAUGUACUGCCUUCGACCAUUUCGGAUUGGGGAUCUGCCGAUGGGAAGUUGGAGUGGGGGAUUCAGAAAGAAGAGCUGAACAAGUUGAGGAAAUCCGCUUCUUUUGGGUUCAGAAGCAGUAGUAAUAGCAGUUCCGCUAACCCAACAGCCUCAAUGUUGACCCCCGGUGAUGAGCCGGAUGUGUCUUGGGUUCAGUCCCUGGUGAAGGAUGCACCAACAGCAAAGCCUGGCCACUUUAAUUUUGAAGAUCAGUAUCAGCAGUAUCAUUUGAAUAGUGGAGGUUCUGAGGUGCUCCCUUCAUGGGUGGAGCAGUUUUAUUUAGAGCAGGAGCAGAUGGUGGCCUAAAACCAAACGUAACCUCCAUAUUGGCUGCCUUAAUGGGGAUGUAACGAGGAUUCGUGCAAUUUUUUUGAAUCUUUAUUCACAUUCGUCAUAUGUUGGUGUAAUGGAAGGAUUUGGAGACAGUGAACAAGGAACUGCGCAGGAUAAAAUGGUCCUGCUCAGACCGUUAUUUCGAGUUGAGAUAUGGUAGUUUGUUUCUAUGUAUUUUUUGUUCGCUAGAGUUUUUAUAUUGAUUCCUCGGCUAGGAAAAUAAUAGAAAUAAGACGAUGAAUCAAUGGACACUAACGAGUUGUGAUGUUUGGCUCAUCCUGUUGUGAUGCUAAAUGCUUAUUUCUAUGAAAUUUGUUGGAGCAUUUUACUA